GCGUAAUGCUUGCUGGCUGGUGAAUGAGGCUUAAAGUAGACUAAUUAAUUGUGGAAGUCACAGAAACACAAACCAGUAGACAAUUUCUACCAUAGAAUGAUCAUUGUGCCAUAUACAAUAAUCAUACUGGAGUUAUUCAAUAUUAUAAAUUGUGAUCGUCAACUCAACAUUCAACCUGUUAUUUUGGAGGUUUCCGACUGAUUUUCAAUCAAUAUGGGAGAGUGGAUUUCAUGAAGCCUGAUAUGAUUCGAAUAACCAGUCAGCCAGACAGUGGUCAACCCUAUGAAAGUUCUGAAUCCCAUCUAUCAGCUAAGGACGAAACCUUGAAUAAUAGAGAAACUGCACAGAGCUCAUUUUUCUACUCUAUACAAAUUCCAAACAGUCUAAUUCAAUUUCUUCUCGAUCGCUUUGUUUCAAUACGUUAUGCUUUUAAACGCUUCAAAGCGAUAAAACCAAGGCAUCUUUGCGGUGGAUUACUUAUUAAUUACGAUUGGGUUCUAACUGCAGCUCACUGUAUCAGUCCAUUUCUAAAUAAUUUUAACAACCUACAAGUGACCAAGUUAACUCAGUACAAUGAUGAUUCGUCAAUACAAUUUAAACCUGGCGACAUUGCUAGGUCAAUUGAAACAUUGAUCAUUCAUUCAAAUUUCACUCAAGGUCAAAGUUUAUCACCAGAUAUUGCUCUACUAAAACUUAAACAUCCAAUUAUUGAAUCACUCACGGAUGAUAUACAAGAUUUUGUAGACUUAAGAAGGUAUUUCGUGACGGAUGAUAAUUUACUGGUGAAUAAUCCAAAGUAUACAUGUCUAAUUGCUGGUGUUGGCCAUUUAAAAUAUCAUGAAAAUUCAAAUCCAGAUAACUAUUUUCAUGUUGCGUUUCUACAUCUUGAACCAUGUGAUAAGUUAUGGGAGAGAAUGGAAUUAGAAGAGAAGAUGAGUAAGAAAAAAGCUGAUGCGGGAAAACACCAGCAGUAUGAAUCAUUUAAAUCGUGCAAAACGAGCAAAGCUAAUCCAUUUGUUGGCGAGAAGUGUCCUCAUAGUUACUUGUGCGCUGGUGGGAGAUAUGUCGAUGGUGAUACAUGUCAAGGCGACAGUGGCGGGCCACUAUUGUGCUUUCAGUCAGAUAAUUAUUCGCAGUCUGAGAAGGAUUGGUUCAUGGCUGGUGUUGCCUCAUCAGGUAUUCAGUGUGGUCUGAAUGGUGUACCGUCAAUUUACACACCAGUACAUGUCUACAAAAGCUGGAUUGAUUCCUUUGUGGGGAAGACGAAUCCUUAAACUGAAGGAUAAAGUUUCACAUUACUAUUGUAGCUACUUAUAAACAUAUCAGUAGCCUAAAUAAAUAUUUG